CCGCCUCGUAGGCGGCGCUCCGGGUCUGUAAAGAGCAUUGCCAUGGCUGCUCGCGGCGCCGUGACCUCUGCCGGCGAGGCGCUGCGUUACGCAGAAUACUCGCCACCGUCGGCCAAACAGCCCGACGCCGAUAUUGACCACGGGCUGGUUUUCUUGCAGGCACUUAGGAGGAAAAGAAGCCUCACAUGGCAUCUGCAUUUAGCAGGUCUGCUGAUGUGCUGUGGGAACUCUAAGAUGGAUGAGACGCCCUCCUUGACUUCAGCAAGAAAUUUAAUAGCUGUAGGACUGGGAGUUGCAGCUCUUGGAUUUGCAGGUCGUUAUGCAUUUCAGAUCUGGAAACCUCUAGAACAAAUAAUCACAGAAACUGCAAGGAAGAUUUCAUCUCCUAACCUUUCAUCCUAUUAUAAAGGAGGAUUUGAACAGAAAAUGAGUCGGCGAGAAGCUAGUCUUAUUUUAGGUGUAAGCCCAUCUGCUGGCAAAGCCAAGAUUAGAACAGCUCACAAAAAAAUCAUGAUUCUGAAUCACCCAGAUAAAGGUGGAUCUCCUUAUCUAGCAGCCAAAAUAAAUGAAGCAAAAGACUUGCUAGAAUCAACUACCAAACACUGAUCAAAACUCAAGGACUGAACUGUAGGAACAGUAUGAAGAAAUUUUUUAAAAAGACCUGCAAAUUCAUCUAAAAUAUGGUCUUACUUUUCCUACAUGUAUUGAUCUUAGUCAUUCUUUCACCUGAGCCAUACAACAAUAAAAGACUAAACAUCUUUUUCCUUUAAAGGAACUGUGUAAAUGAUUAAGGAAAAACUGCAUGUUUUUCUUAAUGUUCUCUAUGAUAUUCACAUUUUAAAACAUUUUAUGGAAGUCCUAAACUCUACAUACAAAUGCACACACACAAGUGUGCAAAAGUAUAACCAUAACCAGUGCAAUUGGAAUUUUUGAAUAUUGAGUAGAAAUUUUCUUACUGCUUAUGUUUGUAUCCUUAUUUUUCCUUAUUUUUCUUCAAAGGAGUUUGGGACUUUGCCUAUGAAGGUGCUUUAAAUGUUUUGAGACCAAACACUGAUUGCCACCCCUGUAAAAAUGAUCUGAAAUGUAUUAGGAUUUACUGGUGAUUUGUAAAAUGGUGGCUAGGACUUGUAAGGGAACUCUUCUUUCUCUGAGACCCUAUAGCAUGAGAACCCUGAGAGCCACUAAAAUGAUUAAAGAUUUACAAAAUGAUCCCUAUGAGAAGAGGCGGAAAGAAGCCGAGAGAAAUCUGAGGCAUUGUGUUUAAUUAUAACCUUCCGGUAUUGUGUAUUUGUUCAGUUAUGCAUUCUAAAUAUGUAUUGACCAUCUUGGAUGUAUUAAGCCCUGUAGUGAGUCCUGUAACAACAGUGUAUGACUGUGAGUCAGCAGAGCGGGCAAGGUGCUGCACAGCCGUCACCCCAGCACUCAGGAGACCGAGGUAGAAGAAUGCUGCAGGUUUGAGGCCACAUGGAAUACGUAGCAAGACCUUGCCUCAAGACAAAAAGAUUGUGACUCAAUAUUGCUUCUCCUGAGAUCAGAAUUAGGAAUAAUAGAUCUAUCAGGUACUGUGUUUAGAGCACAGCGUUUCUCAAAAGCAAGAAAUGGGACAAAAUAAUCUUGAGAGUUUAGUCAUUCCUCAUUAACUUUGAAUUUUCUUCCCAUUUUCCUGUUAUGGGCUUUAGAGUCAAACAGAUUUGGUUUUGAAUACUAGGAGGAUUGCUGGGAAUAAGGAUGUAUAAACCACUUAAUCACUAGCAGAUGUUCAAAGACUAAAUUAUUUUUUCACUGCCCCGUUAAUUUUAUUUUUUAGAAUACCUUGGGUUGAAGUUCCAGGGGGUGAUCCAGUAUAAUCAUUUACUUUACUUUUGAAUCUACCACUUGGAUAGGAUACAGUGGGAGCAGCUUCACUCUGUUCCAGGAAACAUCACCUGAGGCAGGAGGAGCCAUUUUCAUAUAGCUGCCAGUUGGCAGUGAGUGUUGGCUGGAAGCCUCAGUUCUUCUCUUCAUGGCUUCUCUGUAGGUUUGCUGGAGCAUCAUCACACCAGAGCAGCUGUGCUACAGGAGAUAGUCGUUCAAGGGACUGGAAAUAGGAGCUACCAAGCUAAACCUAGUUCUGGGAACUGUCAAGGCAGCAUGUUUGCCUUUUAGUUUGUUUAAUACUUAAGAGCCUGCCAAGAUUUAAACAGAAAAGAGAGAAGACUAUGAAAGAAUACGUGGUUGUUUUUACAAUUUGUAGGAGGGUAAGGUUGGAAGUUUUGUUGUUGUUGUUGUUGUUGUGUUUUCUUUUUAUUCAAAUUAGGUAAGGUAUUUUUAAAAAAUCAUAAUAUAAAAAUUUUGAAAUAUAGGCUUGGUAAGUUUUAGAUGAUACAACUAUGGUUCUAGGCAGGUGUUAGUUAUAUUGUCUCUAAAGAACAGUAUAGUUAUAAAAUUGGAUUUUGACCAAUUAUCCACCUCAACUCAUUAUCUAAACAGAUUGAAUGGUUACCUGUCUUCAGUAAAGAUUGCUUUUGCAUAUUUGCUAUCAUUGCAUAUUCUGCUUAAUUAAGCUCUUUGUUAUUGCAGUUUCGAUUCUGGGUCCACUAUGAGGAAAGACUUUAAAAAUAACAGUAACUUCACAGAGAAAUUAUAGGUCAGACGGACCAGUAAAGGGAGCAUGAAAAGCCACAUAGCUUAUAAUCAAUGGAGCCUUUUGACAAUAGUCAAAAGAGGAAAGUUUAGUAAAGACAAGUGCUGAGUGUAGCUGCAUUGCUUUAUUGACAGAAAAUGCUUUAGUGGUUCAGGAGAUAACACCAUAAAAUGUACCAUGCAAUAGAAAUAUACAGAAUACGUUCUUAAAAUGUUUAAUAUGUUCCAAGUAAACAAAAUCUUCUUAAACAUAGUUAAAUUUUUUGCCUCAUUUUAAUUAACAAGAAAUACUGAGUUGUAUUAUGAUUACCCAGUAGGGCCAUUAGAAAUAACAUUUUAUCUCUACAGAAAAUUUUUGGUUGUCAUGGGAACCUUAAACACAGGCAAAAGUCUUUAAUGACUUAGACACGUCUCACAAUUAACUUAAGAUAGUUUAAUGACAUUUAUGGGAGAGGAUGAGUCAGCCAAAUGUCAAAAAUAGGAAGUUUCUCUGACUCACCCAUCUUAGAAUGAGCUACAGAGUCUGCAGUGAGAAGCUAAAUAUGCUCAGGGCUGGUUGUUUUUGCAUAGCAAAAACCACCUUGUCCAUAGGCACUCUGCACCCUACUCAACACAGCAGUCACCACCCAGACACAGGCCUCUAACUGCAAGGAGGAUUGGAUCCGAGGGAGUAAAUAUGUCAGAAGUGUCCCUCCCUCCCUGUAAAAAAGCAUCCCAGAGUGUACCUACUCAUACUAGAUCAGAAUUAACUACUUGUCAAAAACAUUUCAUAAAUCAUGAGCCAAAAUUUUAUUUAUGAUGGUUAUAUACAUUAGGAAAUUAAAAUGUGUAAGUGUAAUUUAUUAGCUGAAAAAGUUAGGAAGGUUCUGUGGACUCAAUUUUAUAGGUAGAAUCUAAAUGAUCUGGAUCAUUUCCCACUAGCAAAAUUGCUAAGCAUGGUAGACAAAGAAAAUGUUCCUUCUAAUGAUUUUUUAUGAGCUGAGUAACUAUUGUUCCCAGCUGAGUGUUCUUUUUCUCUUUUUAUUGUUGCUUAACAAAAGAAUUUAUUUUAAAAAAAAAACCUCAUUUUUUUCAUAUUGAAAAUCCUGCUCAAUUGAAAUGCAAGUUCAUUAGGUAGUGUUCAUUUUUCUUCAUCCCCCUCUGGUCUAUUCAACAAGGCCUAGCAGCACUGGUCGACAUUGUAAGUCUAAACAGAUUGUUUUAUAGAUGUUACAUACACAGUCUCCACCAUUAAGAGGGAGUUUAAUUUCAUGUGGCUAAAACACAAACACUGAGGCUACACGUUGGCUAUAAGUUUCAAAUUAGUAUCUUAACUCUACUGGAAAAUGCUCCCUGGGACAGUAAAUCAGCAGCAGCAAACUUCUGUGACAGGAUGAUGAUUGGGGGGAGAUAGCAUCUAAGCUAUGGUGCUAAGGGCCAAUAACAGCCAGUUAAUUUUCAUAAAUCUAAUAUAUUUACUUAUCAAUUUUCAAGCUACCCUAAGACACAGGUGUUAUUAUUCCCGUUUUACAGGUAAGGAAAGAAAAGUUAAAGAGGUUUAUGAAGUUUUCCAAGAUCACAACUUAAUUUUUUGUGGUGAGACUAUGAAUCACACGCUCUUUACCUUUAGAUUUUAUUAUGCUAACCCUUACUAUAUGGGAAGCAGUAGAAGAGGCAUGUGUGCCUUUUGGUUCAUAGUUGGAUGCUUGUAAGCCGGAGACAUGCAUGUGAAAAUGGGACUGUGGGAAGAUUUCAGAGUCAUCAUGCAUCACAAGCAAAGUAUAAUGUCUUUAAUUCUGCUUUGGAAGCCUGUAGUGUCCAUCCAGUUGCAUGCAGAAGCAUUUCAAAUACAGAGUUCAGCAGUAUGGAUUUCUGUGAUGCAGAGGAGUUGGAGAAAACUGAUGAAAUAUUACUUGAAAUGUUUCUAGGCAAGAGCUUUCAGGGAGAACAUCCACAGCAAGGUUAAGAAGACAGCUUGUGAAAGUGAAGCAGCGAACCUUGGGAGAAAGACUGAUAGCUCAAUAUAUUAAAGAGGGGAACAAUAAAAUGAUUUAUUGAAAGCAAAGAGCCACUAAAAUAUGACGGAGGAGAAAGGUACCAAAAACAACAGAAAUUGUAGUAUUUGAAAUGUAAUUAUAGUGCCUUAGAGUUUUAAAAAAUUUUGUUUUCCACUGUUCCCAUGUGUUGCCUGGGUUAUUUGUCCAUGCAGUAUGUUUAUGCCAAAUUCAGAAUUAUAUUUGCAGUUUUCUGGUUGAAUCCAUAGAAUUAUACCCAUCAAUCUAAAAACAUAUGUUGAGAUUAUCACUUAAUUCUUGUCAGCUGCACUAGGGAAAAGAGUUCUAACUAGUGACUAGUGUUCAUAGCAGUCUUGUGAGCCCUGAGAACCUUAGAUACACCUGGUUUAGAAGUGUAUUCCAAGAUCAUGCUGGCAGUUUUUCUGUGCCUUUAGUCGGGUUUGUGCUUUUGCUCUUUCUUUCUGAGGAUGUGGUUGAUCAAGAGUUGACUUUCAAAGUGUUAACAUUUCGGCCUCCAUGCAUCUGGAGGAGGGUGGGCUUGUGUAAUGCUUGUCCUCCGUGGCGAAAUGGGAGACUGUUUGCCUUGUCUGCAUCUCGCAGGCUGUCUCAGACAUUGUGCGUGGCAGUGUUGCAGAAAGAGCAGUGCAUGCACACUGAGACGUUAGCCUUCUCCAGCCCCACGGAGGUGGCUGUCUGAGUAGGCUCUGUUCCUUGGCUUCUUGGUACUUAGGUGUUCCAUUUGUCUUCUUUAUUCUGCUUUGUUGGACUUAUAAACUAGGAUUUCUUUAAGCAAAUACAUGAAAAUUGUGUAUACUAAAAUGAAAUGCUAAUGUGUUUGCUUUGCUUUUAAAAUCAUAAAAGAUUAAGAUAAAUUUUAUCUUUUCCCCAAUACAAUUAAAAUCUGACUUGCCAAACUGAAUUUACAUUGUUUUUCUGUUGUACAUUUGUAUGUUAUAUAAUUUCAUUAUUUUGUGUGAGCUCUUUAUUAAAAGAUUAUGACUCUU